AUGACCCCAAAGCCAUACCCAUACCCUCAUCCCCCUUCCAUCCCCGAUCCCUCGGCACUCACCUCCCUCAUUUCCUCCUCGUCGCACCCCUCCACCCCUCUCUCCGCAACAACCCUCCAAGUCCUCCAUAACCUCCAACACCAACACCUAUGGACGUCGCUCAAAGUCGAUGAGUUACAAACUACCUUCCCCGCCUCGGUUCUCUCCGGGAUCCCUCCGCACAGAGUCUACACCCACCCAGACGAGCAGCUCUACAUGCUGGAACGCGGGCUUCGCGAAGACGACGUCGAACUCGAGCGCAUGUAUGUUCUUCCUACCGUACAGGGGCAAUCAUGGACUCUCGGGAAGAUGGCAGAUAUAUUUGAUGCGCUGCCCGAUCCUGCAGGAGAGGGGGAAUGGGAGGCGGAGGCGGAGGCGCAUAAUGGGGUGGAUGAAACCGAGACCGAGGCGGAACAAGCGUCGACACAGGCAACCAAGGCCGCGAAAUUGGCAGAAUACUACGAGUAUCGGAGGACGGCUCUUCGGACGCAGGAGUGGGGUGGGAAGAGACUUCUUCUGGCAAUGAUUGAUAAGGGAAUGGGUGGUGACGGGACGGUAGUUUACUACGUCGUUCAAGAGGGCGCGGUAAAGCCAAGGCAGAACUAG